AAUCAUUGAGUUGGCAUGGAUAAGGUUGGAAGAAAAAUGAAUGGAGAAAAGGAGGUUCAUGUUGUGAUGGUGCCAUGGCUGGCAUUCGGUCAUAUGAUCCCUUUCUUGGAUCUCUCCAUUGCCUUGGCCAAAUUUGGCAUUCAUGUCUCCUUCAUCUCAACUUCCAGAAACAUUUCAAGACUCCCCAAAAUACCACCUAAUCUCUCACCAUUCAUCGACUUCAUUCCCCUUCCUCUCCCCAAGCUUGACUCCAGUCCCCUCCCAGACAAUGCCGAAGCCACAACAGACAUUCCGGCUGACAGAAUGGAUGACCUCAAGAAAUCCUGUGAUCUCUUCCAGGAAUCCAUCAGCAAUUUCAUUGCUAACAAGUUACCAAACUGGAUAUUUGUUGAUUUCUUUUUCCACAAGGUACUUGAUACUGCACAAGAAUUGGAUAUCCCUGUAAUAUUCAACCUUAUAUUUACUGCUAGUUCUUCUGUGUUCUGUUGGACACCUGAGUUUGUGGCCGGCGAUGGCAAGGGCCAAAGGAGGUUGCCUCAGGACAUGACUGUCCCUCCAGAUUGGGUUGAUUUUCCCUCACAAGUAGUUUUCAGGAAACAUGAAGCUCCGGCUAUGCAUAAUAUCUUGUAUGGCGCACGGCCAUCUGGAAUCACAGAUGGAGAACGCAUGAUUCAAAUAGCCCAACGAUGCCAGGCUUUUGCUAUACGCACUUGCCUGGAACUCGAAUCUGAUUAUUUGGAUAUAUACUCGAAAAUCACUGGAAAGCCAGUGAUUCCACUGGGAUGUCUUCCACCUGAGAAGGUGGUAGGCACCAAAAUUAUCUGGGAAGAGCCAUGGAGUAGAGUCUUUGACUGGCUUGACAAACAAAAGCCAAACGAGGUAGUGUUUGUCGGGUUUGGGAGUGAAUAUAAGUUGAAGAGAGAGGAGAUUCAUGAGAUAUCAUAUGGGAUUGAACUAUCCGGGCUUCCCUUCUUCUUUUUACUGGCGAAGCCUGAUUGGGGUGGUGGUGGUGGUGAUGAUGAGGUACUGCCCCCGGGAUUUGAGUCCCGGACGGCAGGGAGGGGAUUCGUGCAAAUUGGAUGGGCGCCCCAACGGGAAAUCCUUGCCCAUCCAUCAAUAGGUGCUUCAUUGUUUCAUGCAGGGUGGUCUUCUGUUGUUGAAAAUUUGACACAUGCUAACUGCCUUGUACUGUUGCCAUUCAUCAUCACUCAACCAUUGGAUACCGGACUUCUAGUUGAGAAGGGCUUAGCAAUAGAGGUUGAACGAGCUGAAGAUGGUUCUUUUACGAGAAAUGACAUUGCAAACGCAUUGCAAGUGGCAAUGGUUACUACGGAAGGGGAAGCACUAAGAGCCCGUACAAAAGAAGCAGCUAAUGGAAUUUUCGCAAAUAAAGAGCUCAAUCAUAGUUAUAUCAACAACUUUGUGGAGUAUCUGAAAGAAGGGGUUUACGAAAAGAAGUAAGUUCUGAGGGGAGCAUUUGCUACAUGUGUUGUGUGUUGUUAUUAUGUUUCUUUAGCUAAUAUGAAGAUGAUAUAUGUGACAAUGCAUGGGUUGGUUUUAUGUUUCUUUUGCUACUACUCCGUAUAAGUUCCUGGCUGUUAGUUCAAGGUCCUUAGCUAUUUGUAUUCGCUUUGUAUGGUUGUAUUUAUCAAGAGGAAUAAUGCUAAUACCAACUGCUCUAUCCAUGUA